CGCGCCGCUCCGCCGGGCCCCGCGCUCCGCCGCCUGCUCGCCACCCACUCCUCCGCCCGCCAGCCCCGGGGACCGAGCCGCCCAAGCCCGGCCCCUCCCUCGCCGGGGCCCGGGCCGCAGCGGGCCGGGGGCGGGUCCUGGCACCCACCAUGCGGGCAGAGCUCUGGCUCCUGGUGCUGGUGCUCAGGGAGGCUGCCCGGGCGCUGAGCCCCCCGCCCGGAGCAGGUCAGGAUGCAGGCCGAGGCUCUGGACACUCUGCCGAGCAGAUUGCGCAGGGCUGGGGUCGGAGAGCCCGAGAGAGCCCUGGGAAGAUGUCGGAGUCGGACAGGACCCAGCUGAGCCAAGACCCAGGUGGAGGCACCCUGGCCAUCGACACACUGCCAGAUAACGGGACCAGGGUGGUGGAGGACAACCACAGCUACUACGUGUCCCGUCUGUACGGCCCCAGCGAGCCCCGUAGCCGGGAGCUGUGGGUGGACGUGGCCAAGGCCAACCAGAGCCAAGUGAAGGUCCACAGAAUCCUCUCCAACACCCACCGGCAGGCUUCAAGAGUGGUCUUGUCCUUUGAUUUUCCUUUCUACGGGCAUCCUCUGCGGCAGAUCACCAUAGCAACCGGAGGCUUCAUCUUCAUGGGUGACACGAUCCACCGAAUGCUCACGGCUACUCAGUACGUGGCGCCCCUGAUGGCCAACUUCAACCCUGGCUACUCUGACAAUUCGACAGUCGCUUACUUUGACAAUGGGACGGUCUUUAUUGUUCAGUGGGACCACGUCUACCUCCAAGGCCGGGAAGACCGAGGCAGCUUCACUUUCCAGGCGGCUCUGCACCACGACGGCCGCAUUGUAUUUGGCUACAAGGAGAUCCCUAUGUCUGUCCUGGAAAUCAGCUCCUCCCAGCACCCUGUCAAAGCAGGCCUGUCAGACGCCUUCAUGAUUCUCAACCCGUCCCCGGAUGUACCAGAAUCUCGGCGGAGGACCAUCUUCGAAUACCACCGUGUGGAGCUGGACCCCAGCAAGGUCACCAGCACAUCAGCUGUGGAGUUCACCCCACUGCCAACCUGCCUGCAGCAUCGGAACUGUGACGCCUGUGUGUCCUCGGAGCUGACCUUCAACUGCAGCUGGUGCCAUGUCCUCCAGAGGUGCUCUAGUGGUUUUGACCGCUACCGCCAGGAGUGGCUGGCUUACGGCUGUGCCCAGGAGGCGGAGGACAGGACGUGUGGGGACUUCCAGGACGAGGGCCACUACUUGUCCUCCCCCAAUAACUCCUUCAGCCCCUUUGAUGGAGCCCUCACCACCACCGCCUCCUCCCUCUUCAUCGACAGCCUCACCACCGAAGAUGACACCAAGUUGAAUCCCUAUGCAGGAGGAGAUGGCCUUCAGAACAACCUGUCCCCCAAGACAAAGGGCCCCCCAGUGCACCUGGGCACCAUCGUGGGCAUCGUGCUGGCCGUCCUCCUGGUGGCAGCCAUCAUCCUGGCUGGGAUUUACAUCAAUGGCCACCCCACCUCCAAUGCUGCGCUUUUCUUCAUCGAGCGGAGACCUCACCACUGGCCGGCUGUGAAAUUCCGCAACCACCCCAACCAUGCCACCUACACGGAGGUCGAGCCCUCGGGCCACGAGAAGGAGGGCUUCGUGGAGGCUGAGCAGUGCUGAGGGCCCCAGGUCUCCUAUUGAAAGGAUAGGAAAGAAGACCCCCGGGACCCCGGAAAAGACCAGUCAAAGCAAAGCAGAGAAGUAACUUUCUUUGGCUUCCUCUGAACAUUUCCUGGCUGGGAAGACGAAGAUGAGUCGGUGGCUUGUGGUGACAGAGCCAUGGUUUGACCGUCACAUACCAUAUACUGAAGCAGGGGACAGAAAAGCAACCACGUGAGGUUUUUAAGGGAUGAUAACCUAAGUUCAUCCUGUUUUGAUGUAAGGGGUCUCUCUCCCCUUCUGUGUCUCUCAAUGGUCUCCUCGGGUAGUACUGCCCCAGAGGCCCCUCCCACCUGGAGAUGGCCAGAUACCCUGCUCCGGUCCCCUAAUGCCCCUCCAUGUGACACAGAGACCAAGACUCUAGAUGGGGGCGGCCCCAUUCCAGGGUCCAUAGACUCCAGAGCUGGUCCUCAUGGCUAUGGAUUCAGUGUAUUUAGCCCCAGCCUCUGUGGUUCUGGAAGUCUGAAGUUCUAUCCAUUCGUUAAGCACAGGUACAGCUUUGCAUGGGAGGUUGUGAUCAGAGGAAAGCCAAAGGGGAGGAGACAAAAGAACUGGUGGGGAAAGUUGCAUUUACUCUCUCUCGACUUAUCCUUUCUGCUGGCAGCCACUCCUUCUGCAGCGAACGUGCGUGCAGCCUGCGUCGUGGGCUUUACCCCAACCGCGGCCCAGCCUUGGCCUGGUGAGCUGUGCUGUGCGUGGCCACAUCCACGGUGUGGGGCUCUUGAUUCCAAUGGCACGUUCGGUGGCCAUUGAAGUCAUGGCCUGGCCUGUCAGCGCCAGCAAGUACCUUCAAAGGCAGGGCCUGACAGACUAAUCCUUUUCUUCCUCUGAGCUGAAUGUUUCUAGCCACUAAAGAGACGAAACAGGAUGGCUUCUUGGAGACCUACUUGGCAGGAACCUCGGCUGGGUUCUGUAGAGGAGCAAAGCGGCCGGAAUGGAAGCUGGCAUGGGCAGGAGGGACUUUCCACGCAACCUUGACCUGGAAAGGGGCUUCCAUCUUUCCAGCUCUGGUGGAAUCUUUUGGAGCAAAGAGCUAGGCUCUCAAACUUCACCUGGCUUUAAGGGACUUCUGUCCCAGGGAUGAGUUGAGGCUGCUUCCUGAAGAGCCUUUAACCUUAAAAUCUAUAGCUCAACCUCAUUGAAAGUAAAGAAUAGCAGCAGCAAAUAAAUGUCAAAUCAGUCUCCUCGUCA